AGGUGGUCAGAUCUCAGCUAAGCGUGUCCUCAGUCAGCGAGCACAAUGCACAUAGAGCAGGACUUCAGCCAGUCAGCAAGUGGCAAGCCUAUGGACUCGAAGGCUAUCCUGUUGCGGCAUCUGGGGUCUUAAAUGCUAACAAGCAGCCAUCUAAGAUGCAUCAAUUGGUCUCAACCCACCUGGAUCAAAGGAGAAUGAAGAACACCAAGGUCACACAAUAAGUAUGAGCCCAAGAGACAGAAGGGGCCACAUGAACCAGAGACUUACAUCAUCCUGAGACCAGAAGAACUAGUUGGUGCCCUGCCACAACCGAUGACUGCCCUGACAGGGGACACAACAAACAACCCCUGAGGGAGCAGGCGAGCAGUGGGAUGCAGACCCCAAAUUCUCAUAAAAAGACCAGACUUAAUGGUCUGUCUGAGACUAGAAGAAUCCUGGCGAUCAUGGUCCCCAAACCUCCUUUUGGCCCAGGGCAGGAACCAUUCCCAAAGACAACUCAUCAGACAUGGAAGGGACUGGACAGUGGGUUGGAGAGAGAUGCUGAUAAAGAGUGAGCUACUUGUAUCAGGAUUUAUUUUUAUCUCAAACCCCUUCCUGCCAGGUUACCAGUGGCACUGGGUGAAGCAGUGCCUUAAGUUAUAUUCCCAGAAACCCAAUGUGUGCAACCUGGACAAACACAUGACUAAAGAAGAGACCCAAGAUCUGUGGGAACAAAGUAAGGAGUUCCUGAGGUAUAAAGACGUGAACAAACGGAGACCCCGAAGUUUACUAGAGAAACUGCGCUGGGUGACCUUAGGCUACCAUUAUAACUGGGACACUAAGAAAUACUCAGCAGAUCAUUAUACACCUUUUCCUUCUGACCUGGCUUUCCUCUCAGAGCAAGUGGCCACUGCCUGCGGAUUUCAGGGCUUCCAAGCCGAAGCAGGUAUCCUGAAUUACUACCACUUUGACUCCACACUGGGAAUCCAUGUAGACAAAUCUGAACUAGAUCACUCCAAACCCCUCCUGUCAUUCAGCUUUGGACAGUCUGCCAUCUUUCUCCUGGGUGGCCUCAAAAGAGAUGAAGCCCCCACAGCCAUGUUUAUGCACAGUGGGGACAUCAUGGUAAUGUCAGGUUUCAGCCGCCUGUUGAACCAUGCAGUCCCUCGGGUUCUUCCAGAUCUUACGGGGGAAAGCCUGCCUCGCUGCCUAGAGGCACCUCUCCCAGCGGUGCUCCCCACAGAUGCAGUGGUAGAGCCCUGUUCUGUGGAAGACUGGCAGGUGUGUGCCAGCUACCUGAAAACUGCUCGCGUUAACGUGACUGUCCGACAGGUGCUGGCCACAGACCAGAACUUCCCUUUAGAACCCGUGGAGGAGAAAAAAAGAGACAUCACCACAGAAGGUUGCUGUCACCUGGAUGACAAAAAUAGCCAAGUAAAACGGGCCAGAUUAAACCCUGACAACUGAGGCUUCAAGAUGCCAUUGUUUUACUAGGUCGAUCUGUUUUGUAUUGUGAUGGACUUUAGCAGCAAGACAGGCCAAAAACAGACAGGGAAAAACCCGUCGUUGAUCACACUGUUGCCUUGAAGCACAUCCUGAAGAGUAAAUUGAUGAACCACUUUGCGCAGAGAAGUAUUUGACGUGAUCCGCAUGGCCCAAUCUAGUUAAGUAUUGACAUUUCAGUUUCUGCCCUACCUCUGAGAGGUAGAAGUGAGUUUCCAUGUCUGUGGAGUCUAAAUACCUCAGACUUAUAUAGUAUGUUAAUGGAAAUAUAGUAUCCCUCUGCCCACUGCAUCUGUUGACUUGGGGUGAAAAUGUGGUUCCAUGAACCAGCCAUUAGUCUCACAGUCUUAACUCCUCAAGCCAUUCUUUGAUCUUCCCUUCAUUUUUUUCUGACCCUCGUAGAAGAGUCUUAUACACAUUCAGACAGUAGAACUGGAAAUCUCAUCCCCUAGAAAAGAAAUUAAUCUCAACUGUCUUUCUUGCCUAAAAGGUAAAUGUAUGUAAUCCAAGGCAAGGGGAACUCUAGUUUCUCCACGUCUUUUAGGACUCCAAACUCUCCCUGUUGGCUUUUUAAUGCAAUUUUAAUUCUUGCACUGAAAAAGUCCCAAGAGUGUUUUGUCACUGUUUUCUCCAUGAAUAAACAAACUUACUGAAUUUUAUCUUCUUGGGUUUAUAUCGGGGAUUAGUUUUGGGUUUUUUCUUUUUUCCUUCCUCUUUUUUUAUUUGCCGUAUUGUUCAUGCUGUUGAAACCCUUGAGCUGUUUUCACCCUACACCAUCCUGCUCUAACCUAAGUAUUCUUUGUGGCUGUCUCACAGCACUCCAUUCACUUCUGUCUUUUCUAAUAGUAAACAGCUUGGAAAACUCAUGAACCACCAGGCUUAAUCUUUGUACUCCCGUCAUGUCAGCUCACUGUACCCUGAGCCAAGUUACUUUAUAUUGCUCUGGACCUUGGUGUUCUCAUUCAUCAAAUUAGGAUAAUAUUUAGUACCGUCUUCCUAAAAGGGUGGUGGUAUUUAAAGUGAUAAUGGGACUUUAGUGUUUCCUCCUAGAAACGUGUCAAUGUUGUUUUAUUGCUGUAUGGGCUCUUAGAAACAUCCUAGCUUGCUUGUUUGUGUUGAGAACUGGCUGGAAGCCACUCUGACACCUGCCAUUCGCGGCGUGUCUUGCUGAAUUAGCAUCUCUCCUAUGCCUGCUUUUUUUCUUCUUAACAGCAUUGAACAUUUGAGUUCAUAAGCUCAUCUUCGUUAGGCUUUGUUUUUUAAGGAAUAAAAGUCAAUAUAGAUUCAUCCAUUUUGUGUAAGCUAGGUUCUAAAGUUAGUGCAUGAUAGGAAAAUUUUAUAUAAUUAAAACUGCCACUGGAAGAUCCCUUAGGUUUUCUUCAAAAUAUAUUACACAUGACCCAUUGCAAACCAACAUACCAUUGCUUAAUAAAUCCAGCAGUCAGUUUAUUCUUCAGCAUUAGAACAGAUUGCUGUUUAGUCAGUUGAAGAUCAGAUGAAGAUGUUGACUUGUGUUUAGGGGCCAUGUGGCACCAGAAAGUACGUAUUUAAAGCAGACCCACACACUCCAUGAAGCGAGAUGCUUACGCUACGAGAGGCACGUGGAAACGGAGGCCCACCACCCCAGGCUCACUCAAGGGCUUGUGCUCACUGAGUGGAAUGAUGAGCAGAUUUGUUUGCACAAUUUACUCCUCUCUUACUCUUCACUUUUAUUUAUAUUUAUUAUUGAAAGUAUAUGAUACAACUAUACGUACUUGUCUUUGACAGUAAGAAGAAAAUUAUGCAAUUUGGGGAAAAGGGAAAAAUUAGUGGUUUUUCUACACUUACGUGAGAGUGAUCCCCUGAGCUUGUUUUAGUUGUCUACCAGACGUUUUUUAAAUCAGGGGUUGGCAAACUACGGCCCACCUCCUGUUCUUGUACUGCCAAUGAGCUAAAAACAGUUUUUACAUUUCUGAAUGGUAAAAAAAAGAAUAAUGUUUUGUGACUCAUGAAAUUUAUGUGAAACUCAAAUUUCAGUGUCCAUAGAUAAAGUUUUAUUGGAAAACAGCCAGACUCAUUUACAUAUUACCUGUGACUGCUUUGGUGCUACAAUGGCAGAGUAGAGUAGUUGCAACAGAGGCCAUAUGACCCACAAAACCUAAAAGGUAUGAUCUGGCCCUUUAUAGAACAGGUUUGCUGACACCUAGAAAGAAAACUAGACACCCCAGGAACGAACAUGAAACCCAGAGAUGGGACCAAGAGGAAGAUUUUCUUUUUUAUUAAAAAAGUCAUUGUUAUUUUUUACCAAAGGAAGAAGUAAAAAUGCCAGAGUAGGUAUUCCAUAUGACCUAGGAUGUGUGUGGGGAGGGUGGUCUGUGGUGUCAGGAGUGGAGUCACAAAUGUUCAGAUGUCAGGCCUGGGAAAUGGGCGUUCUAAGUCUGCUGUGGGAAUGCAAGAGCUGUACGGUCUAGGGGAGAGUUUGACAUUGUGUAAAGGCUAGUACUUCAUCUUGGUUGGACCAGGCCAGUCUUGGACUAUCCCCUUUUCCCCUCAGAAGUGAUCUGGUUCGAUGACAGAUUGUGUGGUCACCCUAAUUAUGUUUUAAAAUGUCUACCAUUUGACCCAACCCAUUUCACUUCUAGGAAUUUAGUCUAAGAAAAUAACACAGCUGUACACAAAGAUUUUUGUGUAAGAAUGUUUAUAAUAAUGAAAAUUUAAAAUAAGCUCAGUGUUCAGCAGCGGGGAGUUGGUUAAUUAAAUUGAUGUAUUCCUUCAGCCAAUGUCUGUUGAGCACUGCUCUGUGCCAGGCACUGUUCUUUGUCUGCGGAGAAGUGUCUCUUCAGGGAGCUUAUAUCCUAGUGGACGUGACAUACCACAGACUGGGAAGCUGUAGUCACUGAAAGCUCUGUUUUAGAAGAACUUUUAAAGAUACGGGGAAGUACUCAUUUAGGUGAGAAAAUCCAAUUCUAAAACCAUGCAUGGUAACCUAAUUCUGCACAAAAUGUUUACAUAUUUUUAAAAAACUGGAAGGAUAUAUAUAUAUAUAUACACACACCAAAAUGUCAAUGGUGGUGAGAUUACAGUUGAUAUUUACUUUAGCUUUGCUUUUUUGUAUUUCUGAUAUUUUUUACAUUGAAAAGUUACUGUUUAAGUUAUUUUUUAAAUAAUAAGUGCUUGCUUUUUUAAAAAGAUAAUAUUUUUUGACCUGGUAAUUCUGUCUCUACCUGAAGUUUAUUAGCAUAUUGUCUAACAAAGGGACUUGGUUUGAUUAAAUUAUGUAAUAACAUCGUGUCACCACUAUCAGUCAUGUUGUAGAGGACUAUCCAGUAAUUGGAGGAAAUGCUCAAUAUGUUAAGAAAAACAGUAACUGUGCACAGCAUCUUAAUGUGUUUUUAAAUGUAUAUGCCUAGAAAAGGCUGGAGGACUAUAAUCUUAUAUUUCCUGAAUUUUCUAUAGGUCUUCUUCUGAAGAAAGCCUUUGUGGUACUUUUUGACAGAGGGCAGGUAAGGCAUACACUGAGCUCAUCAGCAGUGGCUUUGUAGUGUCACUCACCUUUGCAGAUGUGUUCCCUGAUCGGUUCCAUUACAGUCUGAGUGAGGCCCUUCCAGUUUUCCCUUUAAAAUAUGUCUGGCUAAGAUGGAGCCAUUCAUGCUCGUCACUGAUUAUUUCAGCAGAGCCUCUUACCUGUUGCUGAUUUCCAGCAGCCCACAUGAUAGCCUGUUUUUUUCUAGAAGGCUCCUGGACUCUCAGAAAGAGAAUAUGGCAGGUACUGCAAGCCUUGGCUUUCCAGUGUUCUAAUUUUCUCAAUUCUUUUUUCACUAAGAUAAGCUGGUCUUAGCCCUUUUCUCUUUUUCCUUAAUCUAAUGGUUAGUUUAUCAGAAUAGAAAAAAAAACAAAAUGCUAAUACCCUAGAUAAAUUCAACUAAAGCAAAUUAGAAUGGUAAUAAGGCAGAAAGGAGCCCUGGGAAUGACUAUUGAUCCCAGCCUAAGAGGGUGGAGGAGCUAGGCAGGAAAGACACCUCGCCUGUUUUGUACUGUUUCAAAGGUUACAGUGGAAAGAGCAGUUCAAAUCUAGUUUCUUAGCCUGGGUGGUAAAUUUGUGUUGAUUUUCCUCUUGAUCAGCUAUACCAUCCAAACACAAACCCCCAUGAUGGGUUUGUUGGCUGUAAAUAUAGCGUGAUGGCAUCAGACUCUCUAACUUAAGGGGGAGAGAGGAGAAUCAAGUGCAGCAUCUGCCCAAAGUCGAUCCCUAUGACAUGGCUGUCAGACAUACCUCCCUUCUCCCAAUCUUUUUAUCAAUUCCGACAGCAGCCCUUCUUCCCACAGUACUCUCUACUCUGCUGGGUUCAAUAAUUCAUUGCAAUGGCCCUGCAGAACUCAGACAAUACUCAUGAUUAUAGGAUUUAUUAGGGAUGUACCAGGUUACAGUUCAGGAUGGGGAAUGACUCAGGAUACAGUUCUUCGAUCAGGACAACUUCUCAGCCAUGCCCAAAGGCAGGCCUCUCCCUUACCCUCAGUCUCUCAGCCCUUGGCCACUCAGGCCUCCUGGGCCAGCCCUGCCUCUACCCUGCUUGGGAAAUUGUUACAAAACUCUUUAGCUCCACUGAUAAGUGCCCAAAGGCACUCGACUCUGCCAAGUAGCCUUCUGCCUGAAGGCACUCAGCUCUCUUGCUCAAUGGGUCAGCAUGGCCACUGUAGCCACCUUGCUCAAUGUGCCAUCUCACACUGGUCUUCUGGUUCUGCUGCCGCCAUUUCUCUGCCACUACUUCUUGCUGUCUCUCGCCACCUCCGUUGUUAGAGCUCUGUCUCCUGGGUCUAGGAGAUUCUCAGCACAGGGACCUCAGUUCCAAAGGAUGCACUCCGCUCCGGUCUCUUCUUGGUGGUAGUAAGGGCCCACCUUUCCGCUUCUGGGAUGGCUCAUUUUAAGCCCAGCAGGAUGGCAAAACUAACCAGCCUCCUUGUUAGGGUUCCCCCUCCAACCCCAUACACCUUAUUUGCAUGAUCCCACCCCCACAGGGGUACCAUGCAGCUUGUUUGCAUUAUUAGGAAGCUGUCCGAUCCUCUUGGUGGGCCAUAAGCACCUUAUUUGCAUUGUCCCACCAAUCAUUUGUUGGGAGUUACAAGACCAUAGCAAGAAAGACCAUAUAAAAGUCAUUCAUCACACCACACUGUGUCUUAACAAUAAAACUAGUUGAGUCAAUGCAGUGCAAUGGAUUGCUUUUAUAUGGCUUUUCUAGCCAUGGUCUUGUAGCUCCCACCCUGCCUUUGGAGGGUUCACAGAGUGAAAGAACUGCCUAAAGGGGUCAAAGGAGCAUCAGUGUUGAUGCUGGUUAAGUAUCAAGCCAUUGUUAUUUAUUCAUCAAACAACUAUUUCUUGAGCAUCUGUGAAGUGGGAGACACUGUAUUAGGUGAAUGUGGCUAGCAUUGUUUCUGCCCUCACAGGUCCUACAGUGCCUGGGGAAAACACCUGCGAUACCAGGCGGUUACCAGAAACUGCCGGGUUGGAAGUCCGUGGGUGGUAUAAACGGUCUGAAAAUCUGGAGGCUUGAAUCCACUCAGAAGAAAGGCCUGGUGGUCCACUUCCAAAAACAUCAGCCGUUGGAAACCCCGUGGCGCACAGUGCUGCCCUGACACACGUGGGGUCGCCGUGAGUCAGUCAGCGGCAGCUGGGUGCUGCGAGAGACCGGGUACAAGGCGCAGUGGGAGGGGCAUUUAACCCAGAAGAAGGGGUUGGAAACCGAUCCAAAGAAAGCCAAGCCGAUUUCCUUCUAGCAAACGCAUUUGAGUUAAUUAUCUAUACACAACAAACCCAGAAAGUUGAGGACUAAAGUGCCAUUUGGGGGCAGCCACGAGCAAAUAAAGUACAGGUCGGCGGAAAAGGGAGAAGCUGAAUGAGAUGGACUGACGCAAUGGCUGCAGUGGUGGGCUCAGACAUGCUGAUGGCUGUGAGGAUGACCCAGGAUGGGGCAGCAGCAUUCUGCUAUGCCUAAGGGUGCUGUGUGUCCCAGCUGGCUCCGUGGCAACCAGCAACAACAACGUGUGGGAGUAAAACCCAAGGAAGCUCCUGGGGGUCCUGAUGUCUUUCCUGAUUCUAGUUCCCAGUGAGGCUUGUCUGCACUUGCUUUCCUUGGAUGCUUUUUUCGUAAUUUAGUACGUUCAAGUCUUGUAGUGGAAGGAUCCCCAAUUAAGACAUGAAGAAUACUUGGAUAACGUUGGGCUGGUGAUGCUAGAGGUGGCUUUUUAGCUACAUUCCCACUCAGGGUAAGCAGUGAAUGCCUCAAAAAGGCUGCUUAGAUAGGUACAUCCACAAAAUGAUGCAGCCUCGCUUCUGCAGGAAUCACUUUCGAAGGACUUUUGUGAGAUACAGUGUUGCAUUAGCAGUAUGAUAAAGAAACCUUAAUCAUUCGACAAUAUUUUACUGAACAGAUACUAUGUACCAGGCACCUAUUCUAGGUGUCAGGGACAUAGCAGGGAACAAGACGGAAAAAACUCUUACGGAUCUUAUUCUUUGAAGGACACAGUCAGCUGUGGCCAGAGAGGCAGGGCCACUUGAUACCCAGGACUUUGCUUUUCCAAAAUCAAAGGAAGGACAAUGGAAAGGAAAUGAUUAGUGGAAGAAAUGAGUGGCUUCUCUGUUGACAUUCAUUGUACAGUUUUCCUUCUCAAAUAAAGUGCUGAAGAAUGUU